AUCCAAAAGAACCGCAACGACGAGAAAAACUUCGUUUUUGUCCGAACGAAUGAAUCAUGCAAACGAGCACAAACUUAUUACCAAAACCUCUUUCAAAGCGAACACGGCUCGACGCAAAGGCACAUUCAGUGCAAACCAAAGCACCCUUUGGCAUUAACAGCAGCAGCAGCAACAACAACAACAACAACAACAACAGAAAAAUGGCGGUUCGGAGACGAGGGGCUGCGUUCGCCGUGCUCCUGGCGACGAAUCUCGGCGCCGCGAGGGUAUCGGCCUUCCACAACCGGCACCACCACCGGCCGCACACCCCGCCGGACGCCGGGAAUCCCACGGCGGCACGGAGGCGGAGCGGCUUUGGUGCUUCCGCAACCACCUUACCGAGCCGCCUCUCGUACGCGAUCGACGUCCAAGAGCACUGUCCCCGGGACGUGCCCACCAUGGAGGCCUGGGUCUACGAGUGUGGGGUCCAGGGGUCCGGGGGCCUCCGCCUGGUCGGCGAGGCGGACGAAACGAACCACGAGGACUAUUCCCUCUCGACCGAGGAGGACAUACCCGCCAACAGCCCCGUCCUGUACGUCCCGAGCGAAAUGGUCCUCUCGGCCCAGAGGGCGAUGGAAGAAUUCGGGCAGCUCGAGGAAUCCGAAAAGCUCAUCACCAGCCUCAACGCCGAGUCGGAGCUCCGGCACUACUAUCUCAUGGUCAAGAUCCUGGUCGAGUGGGAGCGCGGAAUGGACAGUCCGUGGUACCCGUGGCUGAACUCCCUCCCCCGGUACUUCUCCAACGCGGCGUCGAUGACCCCCUUCUGCUACAAGUGCCUGCCCUCGCUCAUGUCCAUACUGGCGAUGAAGGAACGCGCCAACAUGAACCACCUGAUGAUCAAAAAGGUUCCCUUUCUGAGCGUCGAGACCAGGGGCAACGCGGACUUGUGGGCCUGGGCCUACAACGUGGUGUACACCCGGAGCUUCGAGGCCAACAACGGGUCCGGGGACCUGUGCAUAGCCCCCAUGGCCGACUACUUCAACCACGGGACGGAGACCGAGGUGGAGAUGGGCUACGACGCCGAGGGCAACUGCCACGUACAGACCACGCGGGACGUCCCCGCGGGGUCCCCCCUCCGGAUGAGCUACGGGGACCCCACCAACCCCUCCUUCCUGCUGGCGAGGUACGGAUUCCUGGACGAGUCGUCGCCGGCGACCUUUUGCAAGUACAUCCCGCCGCACGUCAACGACGAGCUCCGGGAGAUGGGCUACGCCCACAACCGGAUGCUCUUUUUCAAGGACACGGGCGACGCCAGCGAGGAGGUCUGGGACGUCCUCCUCCACCAGAUCCUGAGCUCCUCCAACAUUGCCAAGAAACGCGCCCUCUACAAGGCCCACCUCGACGGAGACUACGACACCAAGCGGAUGCUCCACGAGCAGUACUACUCCCAGACCUCCCUCAAGCUCAUGGAGCACAUCGACACCUUUCUCAACCAGCUCGACGACCUGUCCGCCAAGUCGGUCGGGAAGGACGUGAACGAGCACCCCCGGCUCCCCCUGAUCCUCAAGCACAACGAGUUUGUUCGCAACACCUUUCUGGCGGUGCGGUCGCGCUACUUCGAGUAGCCUCUCGGCCGGCUGGCUGUGGGAGCCCAUCGGCCGGUGUGCUUCGCCGAGCGAAACCGGGGUGCGUUCUGCCCAGGCAAUCGGCCGUUUUGCGAUGAGCCAGCUUUCUGCGCCGCGUCGCGUUGCACGAACAGUAGAAUACACCGUGCGAUAGAGA